UUCCGCAAAACCAAAAUAUAAUAAGUUGUGUAACAUGUAAUUAUCUUCUUUCAGACUAUGCAUCAGAAUUAAAGAUCAUCUAAGGCCCACUAUAAUCAUUGUUAGUAUUUAUCAAUUUUAACACAUCUCACUGUAUGGUAUAAAAAAAAAUUAUCGCUUUCAAGCUCAAGGUGGAAAAGCAAACAACAAUGGUUAGAAAAUUCGAAGGGAAAGAGAGUGGGGAGGGGGGAGUUUGUUUAAGUCUUGCAGUCCUUUUCAAGCUAAACUUCGAGAAAAGUCAUAUUCUAAAUAACUCAAUAUCUGGGAAGAUGAACUGCUUAAGUAUUCAUUAAAUAUGCAUGGAGUGUCAAAUGGAAUGAAGAGAGUAUUGUAAUAUUUAAUUUUUCUUCAGUGGUAUUCUUCAACAGAAACGGGGGACUGCGCAUAUGGCAGCAAAUCUCAGCUAGCCUGGAAGCACAACAUUUUCCACUGAUUUUAAGUAUAAUCAUGCAAUUCGAGGAGAUGCAUCUAUAUAUUAUCUUAAGGUCAAUUUGCAAAUUAUAAUAAGCUUUUCUUAGUACUUUGUCUCUAUGGAAGUAUUCCUUUCAGGCAUCUAAGGGCGGCAUGUUAUACUUCUACACCGGAUUGGAAUAAACCUUGUUCUUGGUUUCUUCAGCACCAUGUCUAAAAGGGCCUCCAAAAUCCAGCAAUUUUCUAGAACAGUUAUUCAUUUAAUCCAUAUACGAGCACAGGAUGUGGCUUAUCUGACUGGCACCUGGAGCAAUAGCGGAAGACUACUGCCGGCAGUAACUUGGCUGAUGUCAAUAUGCUGACAUUGCUGCUUAAUGUUAACAUACCAGUUUCUAAUCAUAUUAUCACCCUCAGGAAUCAGGAUAGCUACCUGCCAUUAAAAACCAUUGUUGCUAAACAAUGCCAAGUUCUGAAGAGGUUCAUCAGAAACUUUUAUAGAACUCAGCUACAAUCCCUCUACUGAUUUACAAAUUACAACAAGCUUGGCUUCGAAACAAGUUCUUAGGUUUAGGGUCGGCCUUCACACCAAAGGACUCGUGUAGUUCAACACAACCAAGUCCUCCUUGUUAACUAAAGGUUCUUAAAUGGUCGCUUUCCAUUGAAGAUUUAAAAAUUUAGAGGCUGAUGUUUCCUCCCAAUUGAAUAUAUUUUUGCCGUUGGUUGCCACUCUAAUAUCAUUUGAGAAUUAAGUUUUUUUUUUUUCUCCCUUCUGACUAUUUAUCCUGGAGUCGGAUUGAUAGAGGCGUGGAAGUCGAGCUAAAUUAAAGGUAUAAUCAAGGUUUAUUAUAUGCUAAAUACUCAUAUUAACUAAUGAUCAUAUGGCAUAUACUAAUCUUUUAUAAGAUUAAAAAACCAUGGAUAGAAUACGAACUGGAAACCAUCAACUGUUGAUAGUUCCCAGUUUUAGAACAUUGCUCUUGUCAUUGUCAGCAUGCCUUUCGUUAUCGUGACUUAUUUUUAUUUUCUUGAAUAGCUGACAUUCAUAUCCAAGCUUGCAACAAGAAAUGUUUUAGUCAGUUUGGCUUGGUCUUCUCUUCAGAGCUGACUCUAAUUUCUUCCACCAAAUCCCCUACUUGCUCCUUUUCCCAGUGGUCACUUUCGGUUUCUUUAAUACUCCUACUCACUUCCUUUUUUGUUCUCGGAGGGUUUGACUACUUUGGUUUCUCAUUCUUAGGCUCCCUUGGUCCUUUCUUUCCAUGAAUCUCUUUGUUUCAUAAUUUUUUCUUGCUGAUACGUACAGCAGUAAAUUCCCUGUGGUGUUCUUGUCUCCCAACCCCCUCGAUCCCAUGGGUAGGAACAAUGAAGGAGAGGUUCUUUACAGUGCAGGAUCUAAGGCCAGGAUGGAAGGUCAAAAGAAAAAAUCUCUUCUUGCAUCUAUAACCAAACCUGGAGUCGAAAAUAGCAGACCAAGCAGUAUGGUUGUGAAGAAAGCACAUACCGUAGUUCCUGCACAUAUCUUGGCAGAAGCCAUAUCGACAAUUCGUGGUCUUGACCUCAGAUGGUCAGGUCCGAUAACAACAACAGAAAUGCAAUAUGUUGAGCAGUAUGUCUUGGCGAAAUACCCCCAAUACGCUGGCUUUAUCGGAGAGAAGGUUGAUCUAUCUACUCUUUGUAUCAACGAGGAGAUUUCAGAGCCUUCACCUGACGACAAGAAUAAGUCACCAAGGGCUAGUCCGAGAGAGGUCUCCAUACCAUCCUUGGGAAGCAAUCACCCUGACUUGGAUAGAACCCAGUUAGAGCCAUCAAGACUGCUUGAUAUUCUCACAGAGAAAUCCUCAUUUCCAGGGAGUUUCGUAUCAAUACCUGAAAUUCAAGCUCAGCACAAAGUUCUGAGGCACUGUGGAUUACUCGAUAAUGAGUAUCUUGUCCUAUUCACUCAAAACUACAAAGAUGCAAUGAUGUUAGUAGGGGAGAGCUACCCUUUCUUCAGAGGGAAAUUCUACAUGACUGCUAUCGGGGAAGAAAUGGAUUAUGUAAAGGAAUUCGCCAGUUACAAGGAAUCAAAAGUGAUCCCGACGCCAGAGACUUGGUUGGAUUUGAGAAUCAAGGGAUCACAGCUCAGCCAGUAUUUUAGAAGGAAGUGUAAGCACAGCCCUAAGGGGCUGUUCUCAUACCCAGCUGAUGUGCAUGGAACUCGUUAUUCUAUGCAUUGGGUAUCAGAAGCCCAUCGGAACUCAUGGCAUGUUCUGCUGGACGCAACUGCACUUGUUGUGGGAAAGGAUAGGUUGAAUCUUGCACUUCACAGGCCUGACUUUGUGCUGUGCAGCCCUGACAAUACCCCUACUAAUCCUUCAACAAUCACAUGCCUUCUUGUUAGGAAGAGAUCUUUUGAUACAACAACAGCUUCUUCUUAGCUCGAAGAUUAAGAAGAGGUUUUUGUUUGUGAUUUUUGAGCAUGCUUGGACUGGUUAAUUAAGCAAAGUCAAUACAUGUUUUCACCUUGGUGUCUGAAAUCGGUAAUCUGAUUUGGUUAAUUUUAACCUGUCAUUGAAGUGUCCUUCACCCUACGAAUAAUCCUAUCA